AUGGCGAGACUCACUGAUGAUGCCGGCGAAAUGUUUGGGAAUGUGCCACGUCCACGGUCCUACUCUGGAAAUGAUCAUGCGCACAAUGGACUCCGGGUUAGCUUGAUUUUGACGGCAUACUUUUUAUUAACAAGCAUUCAUCUUUAUUGUAACUGGCGCUGCGUCACUUGUCUUCAGUUUCGCACCUUUAAUCGUGCUCGCUUUCACUUGGUUUUUGGCCGAUUUUUGCUGGAACGUUAUUGUCUUAAGUAUUAUUCAGAAUCUAAAAAUUUUGCUCCACGACUAGCCAAUGUUUCUUGGGCCAAUCGAAUGGAGCCUAUCUUUUCCUGGCUACCUCAGUUGGAUGCCUGGUCUCAUGGCCUCGAAUCCGGAAGUAUUGUGUACAAGCUAACUGCUUCUGGGGCACAAAGGUCGAUUGCGUUCGGUUGUGGACUUCGUGCUCUACCUCUUUGUGGGUCAGUGUUCUUAUGA